AUGGAGGAAGAGGUGAGGAUUUUGGUGACGGAGAUGGGUUUUCCGAUGGAGGAAGAGGUGAGGAUUUUGGUGACGGAGAUGGGUUUAUCGGAGCUGUCGUCUGGGAUGUUGGAGUCGCCGGAGGAGAUGACGCCGAAUUUGGGGAAAGACGAUUACAGAGAAAGGGUUUUAUUAAUUGCUGUUGUGAGUUAUUGCUCCCGUUUUGAGGAGGAUGGUUCUUAUGAGAAUGAUGGUAUCAUUGAAGCAAUAUCUUGUAGUUUUGAGGAGAGUGCUGACUUUCUGGAUCUGACCGAAGGAUCAUUCGGGGUCAAGAAGAACACGUACUCAAUCACUGUGGGAUCUGAGAAGUUGGCUACCAAGCUCCUGGAUGAUGGUCCAUGGGAUGUUCGUGGACAAUGCUUCUCUGUUCAUCACUGGCCUCGAUCACUAUCGUUGGAAAAGAUGGAAACUAUGAGAGCCACGUACUGGAUCCAAGCUCACGGUAUACCGCCGGAUAUGAUGAAAGUGGUUAAUGGCAGAAAGCUUGGUAACAUGAUUGGUUCUGUGAUGGAUGUUGAGAAUCCUGAUAUUGUUGGCAACAGGGGUUAUUUGAGGAUCAGAGUGGAUUUUAAUGCUACUCGUCCUUUGGCAACUUAUGUCAACUUCCCUCGACGGUACUUACCUCUGGCAAAGAUCUCCCUCAGGUAUGAAAAACUAAAGAAAUUCUGCUUUAAUUGUGGUAGGCUUGGUCACCAAAAGAUGGGGCGUAAUUAUACUGUCCAUCCACUUAUUUUGAAGCUGGGGGUGGUUUAUAAUUCUAAUCUUAUUGCUGAGCUCCCGGAUAAGCCGCAGACCUCCUUUCCUAUUGAGUACCCAUAUGUUCCUCGAACUGGCAUUUUUCGCCGGAAAGAGGAUAUAUCUCGCGAACGGGCUUGUGAUCGUCAGAUGUGGGAAAGUGUUCCCGGUAACAUGAGUGAGGUGGCACACUCUUCAACACCUGACAAGGAUGGCUCCAUUCGUUCAAAUCAGAAAAGGGGGGAGGGACGUGUCACUACGAUUGUGGUUCCUAAGCCUACCCUUCCCCAACGUGCUCAUAUUGAGGAGUUAUCUGCACCAACUGAGAAGAUUACUGAGACCGAGGUGAUUGAGGAAAAAGGGUUGCUCCGAUCUUCUGGUAGAAAAAGAAAAGCAAAGCUGUACCAUAAUGAUAUGGGUGAGGUGAAACCCAAGAGGCUGGCCAACAACAGCCGCAAGGAGUCAAUGAAUCUACUCUCAUGGAACUAUCAAGGAUUGAAACAGGACUUGACAGUUCAGGCUCUCCGAAAAAUCGUUGGUACGUAUAAACCGGGUAUCAUCUUUCUAUCGGAGACUCAUAAUAAGGAUGAUUAUGUGCAUUCAGUUAGGAGUGGAUUAGGAUAUAAUGAGUUUUUCUUGGUGUCUCCAAUUGGUACAGCCGGAGAUCUUUCUCUAUGUACUGUGAAGAUUUCAUGGCUCUAUGGACCUCCUUAUGUGAAGGGUAAGGAUGAGUUUUGGGCUGAUUGGAAGGAUAUGGGUCAUGACGAGGAUACUGCAUGGGUUGUAAUUGGGGAUAUGAAUGAGAUCGUUUAUUCCUUUGAACGAGAAGGAGGCUCCAAUUGGGUACCGGGUAGACACACUUUUCUUAGUGAUUUCAUCUUAAGUAAUUCUCUACUGGAUAUUGGAUACAAAGGGAGUCGCUUUACUUGGUCUCGGAAGGAGGGUGAGAUUGUGGUCUUACAGGAGAGAUUAGAUCGUUGCCUUACAAACGAUAAAUGGAUAAUAGACUGGCCUAGUUCAUGCCUGACUCAUUUAGCAAGAAUUGGGUCUGACCAUAAUCCAAUUCUACUGUCUGCCGAGCUGGUUAUUGGUAAAAGGCGGUCUACUUUCAAGUUUGAGGCAGCUUGGGCUGAGGAGGAGGAGCCCAGCAAGGCCCAUUUUCCAAAUUUUACCAAGGAGGAGAUCCAUUCUUGUCUGGCCCAACUUGAUGAGCUACAAACUACCGAUCCUUUUGAUACUUCUGGUUUUCAGGUUGGUAUUACUGAGAAAUUAGGGGCUCUGUGGACGAGAGAAGAGAGCUAUUGGCAUCAACGCUCUCGUGUCAAAUGGCUGACUACUGGGGACUCAAAUACUCGGUUUUUUCACUUAUCUACACUUCAUCGAAGACAAAGAAAUCAGAUAUUGAAGAUACAAAAUGAUUUGGAGGUAUGGGUUGUUGGGGAGUCUAAUAUUCGGUUGGAGUUUGAGUCACAAUUCAAGAAGAUCUUUACUUCCACUGGACCUCGUGAUUGGGGGGAGUCUCUUUGUGGGUUGAGUCAGAGUAUCAUUCCUGAGAUGAAUGAUGUAUUACUUAAGCCUUUUUCAUUGGAAGAGGUAAAGGUUGCUACCUUCCAAUUAGGUGCUUUGAAGGCACCAGGGCCAGAUGGUUUUCCUGGUUUGUUUUAUCACAAGUAUUGGGAUAUUGUGAAUGAGAUUGUUGCCACUACUGCCAGGGAUUUUGUUAGAGGAAGAAUUUGUCUACAGGGAAUUAAUCAAACUCAUAUUGUUCUUAUCCCUAAGAUUCCUAACCCGGAGAGAACUACCCAUUUUCAUCCAAUUAGCCUCUGUAAUAACUCUUACAAGAUUUUGUCCAAGCUACUGGCCAACAGAUUAAAGCCUAUUCUUCCUCUAAUUAUUUCUCCAAACCAAAAUGCUUUUGUUUCACAGAGACUUAUACAAGAUAAUAUUCUCCUGGCUCAUGAGGGGUUCCAUUAUUUACGGUUGAAACGCACGGGGGAAAGACAUGAGUUUGGGUUGAAAUUGGAUAUGAAUAAGGCCUAUGAUCGUGUUGAAUGA